CUGACGCCUGAUGACUUCCUCAUUUAACAGCAUUACACAAUUAUGAUUUCACUAUUCACCAGCGCAAUAAGUGGCCUGUGUUGUUACAACCUAUACACACAAAGCGGAGGUUGAUGGAUGCAGGCAGAGACACAGUACUUCAGUCUUUUAGAGAUCAGAGAUGUCUGAGCUAGAUUCUGAGUAUGUGAACUACACUGAGAAAAGAGGAGAGCACAGAGAAAUAGUAGUGGAAAUCUAUGACAGUGCAGACACUGUUAGAGGUCAUGACCAUAAAGAAGAAACAGAAGCCACGAGAAAAGAGAAAAGCCUACAGACUGAACACACAGGAGAAACAUGGAGCAGAUGUUACAAACUGACCACAGUGUGUGUGCUGCUGCUGUGUGUUCUCCUACUGACUGGCAUCACGGUGCUGUGGAUCAAAUUCAAUAACGUGAGUACAGAAAAAGACCAGCUACAGACCAGAUACAACAACCUGAUGGAGAACUCCGAACUGCACAGUGCAAUUUCAAAACUUGGAUGGAGAGUUUUCAGAUCGAGCAUUUACAACAUUUCUACUGAAAAGAAGAGCUGGAAUGAGAGCAGAAAGUACUGCAGAGAGAGAGGAGCAGACCUGGUGAUCAUAAACAGCAGAGAGGAACAGGAGUUCAUCAGUAAUUAUAUUGGCAGUACUGAAGCUUGGAUUGGUCUGACUGACAGAGAGACAGAGCGGGAAUUUAAAUGGGUGGACGAUAAACCACUGACCACUGCGUUCUGGUGGGAUGGGGAACCCAAUGAUUACAACAAUGAGGACUGUGCUAUAACAGGCUAUAGAAAGGCUAAAUCUAACAUAUCGACCUGGGCUGAUUAUCCCUGUGACCACCCUGUAGUCGGGAUUUGUGAGAUGAAAAUAUUUAACUGAGCACAUCGGAGGCAGUCAUUGAAAUUGAAAAAUUGAAAUCUAUGUGAAGCUUGAGGCUGUACUUCUUUCCCAUUUAUUCUCACAAUAGCAGCUAUCAGGUAGCUUGAAUGAUUCUGUGUAACAUUCAUAAAGCUUGUGUGGAUUUAAAAAGAAGAUAAAACUUACAGUUGGGGUCAUAAGUUUACAUACACCUUGCAAAAUAUUAACAAUUAUUUUUUUAAAUACUGCCCUGAAUAAGCUUUUUCACAUAGCAGAUGUUUUUAUAUAGUCCACAAGACAAAAUAAUAACUGAAUUUACACAAAUGAACCAGUUAAAAAAUUUAACAACUAUCAAAAGAUGAACAACUAUCACAAAACAUAAAAACAGCAGUUGAUCAUCCAGGUAACACACACUUUCAAAAAAACUGGUUAAUUUGUGAAAAUUCAGUUAUUAUUGUAUCUUGUGGAUUAUAUGUAAACAUCUGCUAUGUGAACUAGCUUAUUCGGUACUAAAUAAAAAGCACAAUGCAAUUUUUAUGAUCCCUCUUAUUUUUUUGUAAUUAUUAACAUUUUGCAGAUUCGGCAAGGGGUAUGUAAACUUAUGUAAUUUUACCAACUGUAUUUUACCAAUUACCAACUGUAAUUCUGUUCUGUAAAAGCAUCUUUGAGUAUCUCGCAAAGCGCUCUAUAAAUAAAAUGUAUUAUUAUUAUUAUUAUUAUAACUUUUUUUGGACUUACUUUUGGAAGAGCGAUUUUCUGCCCACUUCUACAUUGCUGUAACUGUGUCUUGGUCUCUUAUUAUUUUUAGCCAGUGGCACAAAGUGUACAGAAGAUCACAUGACCAUAUGAGCCACAUUUCAGGAAGCUUGAUUUUAUCAUGUUGGACACAAAUGAGAGUGUUGAUUGUGUUUUGCCUUUAAUAUGGAUGAUUUGGUAUAAAGGAGAGCUGAACAGGAAAUGAGUGAACAGUGCAGUACUGACCACCGGGUGAAAGCUCACUGAACUGAAAGCUGAGUUUCACUGAAUAAGAUGUCACUGAACUGUAUUCACUUCUGCAGUAGUGGUCACUGAACACAGUAAGACUAGCAGAAUAGACAGAGCCUAGACUAGAUGGUGUUUUAAAUUGUUAAACAUAUUAGAUAUUACGUAUUAUAUUAGACAUAGCUCCUCCCCAUGAAUAUAUACACACACACACACACACACACACACACACAUAUAUAUAUAUAUAUAUAUAUAUAUAUAUAUAUAUAAGUCACUUUUUGCUCCCAUUAGGGGUCUUUUCUUGGUCAAAUUGACCCUGGGACAUGACUGGGGGUUUCAAACACUGCAGACAUGAAACAUUUACAUAAUUCCAUUGUAUUCUAAUGUAUAUAUGGUCUCUAACUCCUUUAUAAACAAUAAUGAUGACAAAUCUGUUUAAUAUUUGAACUAUUUGAAUUUGAACAAUGAAACUGUCAUCUGUUUUUGUGUGAUAUAUACAAUGAAUCAACAUAAUUAACAUGUGCAGCAUAACACAUUUGUUUUUCUGGUAAAACAAAUGAAAAAAGGUUUUCAUGACUGUUGAUAAUUAGAUUAUAUUAUACUAUAUGUUUGUUACGAUCGCCAGCUGGAGUGCCCAUGAACUCCACUAGAGGGCACUCCACCCUGGACUCUUGCCAUUGCUUUCUGGACUCCAUUUCCCAUGUGUUCCUUGCCCCUCCUGUGAUCUUGUCAUGUGUUAUCCUUGUCUUUGUGUCAUGUUCUGAUUGUUUCCUUGGUUUCAUGUGUCUUGUUCUGAUUGGUUGAUUAAGUCAUGUGUCCUUGAUUGGUGUAUAAAGCCCUCAUGUAGCCAUUGUCUCGGAUCGUGUAUUGAUGUUGUAACCUGCAGUCUGUUCAAGUCAAGUCAAGUCUGUUCAAGUCAAGGCAAGUCUUUAUUUGUAUUGUGGAUUUCACUUUGCUAAUUAAAAGCUGCACUUGGGCUCA